AUGACAAGCCAACCACGCAAGUUUUCUGCCGCAAGUGAGAGCGAUGAACGAUUACGCCGUUCAUCCAUAAUGUCUCCUUUGCCAUUGCUGGCUAAUGCUCCCACGAUUCAGAAGUUAUCGUUGAAGCAUUUGCCCACAAUCGACUCAAAACGUUUCAUGAAGGUGCUCGACAAUACUGUGACACGAGUCCUACUAGUCUCUUCAUUUCCCCGGAUAGUGAAUAAUAUUUCGGAGUUUUCCCUUCUGCUUGGACGUAAUGCGACUGUUCUAUUUGAAACUUAUGGACCACUAAGCAAAUCGUUUGACGAGCAAUGCGGUCAGGGUAAAUAUCGUCCCCGGUUCACAGACCGCGAGGCGAUGGAACACCAGAGAUACAGUUUUCUGACUUUCGAUGACGGAAUGAGUGUCGGGUCGGAAAUGAUAAACAUGCCAGGUAGAUCCAAACCGCAGAUCACGAGUCGUUUAUUUGAAGUCACACGCUUGUUGUUGCGUGAAAUGAUGAACAAUCCAUUGGCUAUCUCCGCCCUGAUUCGCCAUCGGGAACAAUGGGCCAUUGAACCGAGUGCCAGUUGUCGUCGUCUCGCGGUCCAACUGGUACACCUACGCAGUCUCACACGGAACGAUCUGCUCACAACUCCGAAAGCUCGAGCGAGGCGAGAUGAGUUUUUGGAACGCUUGAGACGUCGUGAUAUGGAACAAAAGCGUAUGAUCGAAGAACUGACCAAACAGUUUCAAACUUUGCAGGAAAGCCAACGUUCUCAGCUGGUCGAACGUAUGGAGCGCGUUAAACAUCUACAGCGUCAAAUUCGAGACAUUCAAGAAAAAACGCAGAACGAGCUCAGUCAGUUGAAACACCAAUACGAUACUGAGCGUCAUUUGUCCAAUCAGAAGCAUAAAGAAUCCAUGCGGGCAAUGGAGUUGUUUUUGGAGACCUCAAAAACCCACUUGAAAACACUGAUAGAACAAAAUAUAAAGUACGAGCGCAAAGUACGCGCGGAAAAAUGGAAAGUGGAGGACGAAAUUAGCAACAUGCUAGCGAAAGCGGAUACGGAAAUGUUUGAAAUGCAGGCUGAAUACGAUGCUCGGGUAGAAGAGGAAACUAAAGAAAGCCAAGAAUGUGCACUCCUACUGGAAAAGUUAGAGCCUCUGAAGAAGUUGGCUGAUGCUGUGCUGGAAGAGAAACGUCUGGAAGCGGAACGUCAAGCGGCCGAAUUGGCAGAACAGGAGAACAUGAUACGGGCAGCAACCACCAUUCAGAGCUUGUGGCGUUCAUGGAAAGCGCGUAAAAUGAUUAAGGCUGAGCGUCGAAGAAAAAAAGUUAAAAACUAA